CCCUGCCUGCGGACGCAAGACCUUUUGGAGCCCCACCUGCCUCGCCGCCAGCAGGAGGGGAAACUGAGGCGAGACGCCCCACCCACGCCGCCGACGUCACAAAAAAGGGCCGGGAGCCGGCGGGCGGCGCCGCGCAGCCCAGGGCGUCCCGCACACAGGCGUCGGCGGAGCUCGUCCGAGCGGGACGGCCGCGGCCUCCCGGGCGGAAGCUCAAGGCGCCUGCGCGCACGGCCCUCGCUGCCUCCUCCGGGCGGAAGCGCAGGGCGCCUGCGCGCUCGGCUCUCUCCGGGAAGCGCGGGGCGCCUGCGCAAUCGCUCUCGUUGGCCUCCGGGGAAACGCAGUGCGCCUGCGCGCUCGUAGGCCCGGGGCGAGGCUGCCUCCCAGCGGGCGCGCAGGCGCACUGUGCGGCGGACGGCGCCGGGCGGGUGGAGCGCGCGGGGGCCUCGGGUGGCGGUGGCGGCGGCGGCGGCGGCGGCGGCGGCGGCGCAGAGGAGGAAGGGGGCCCCUCGGCCCCGGCCCCGCGCCCCGGCCCGUCCCGCGCCCCCACGGCGCCCCCCGGGCCCGCCGCCGCCAUGGCCCGGCCGCCGGUGGCCAGCUCGCAGAAGGCGCUGCUGCUGGAGCUGAAGGGGCUGCAGGAGGAGCCGGUGGAGGGUUUCCGGGUCACGUUGGUGGACGAGGGCGACCUCUACAAUUGGGAGGUGGCCAUCUUCGGGCCGCCCAACACCUACUACGAGGGCGGCUACUUCAAGGCACGCCUCAAGUUCCCCAUCGACUACCCCUACUCCCCCCCGGCCUUCCGCUUCCUCACCAAGAUGUGGCACCCCAACAUCUACGAGACAGGGGACGUCUGCAUCUCCAUCCUGCACCCCCCGGUCGAUGACCCCCAGAGCGGGGAGCUGCCCUCGGAGCGGUGGAACCCCACCCAGAACGUCAGGACCAUCCUCCUGAGCGUCAUCUCCCUCCUCAACGAGCCCAACACCUUCUCCCCGGCCAACGUGGACGCCUCCGUCAUGUACCGCAAGUGGAAGGAGAGCCAGGGCCGCGACCAGGAGUACACCGACAUCAUCCGGAAGCAGGUGCUGGGGACCAAGGUGGAUGCGGAGAGGGAUGGCGUGAAGGUGCCCACCACGCUGGCCGAGUACUGCGUGCAGACCAAGGCCCCGGCCGUGGACGAGGCGGCAGACCUCUUCUAUGACGACUACUACGAGGACGCGGACGCCGAGGCCAGCAGCUGCUUCGGGGACGAGGAUGACGAGUCUGGCCCCGAGGAGCCCUGAGUCCCAAUAAACAGAUUUUACCUUGCCAGCCGCUCUGCCCGCCCUGCCCCGUGGGCCCCGCCCAGCCCCGCUACCUCAGGCCCCUAGGUGGCCCCUGCCCUGCGAGCCCCAGACGACCUCGGGUGCCCCUGGCCCGGCUCCCGCAGGGGACGGAGCUAUGGCUGGGCAGAUAGCGCACCCCGUGUCUGCCGCCCCGUGUCUGAACCUAAUAAAGGGCUCGAGGGAGCAA